AUGACGUCCACAAACAUAGACCAACAGAUUCUCGAAGGAUUGACUUCCUCAAACAUGGACCAACAGAUUCUCAAGGGGCUGACAUCCACACCAAAGUACGUGCCGCUUUGGUUUAGGUACGACAAACAGGGCUGCAUUUUCGAUGAUGAUUUCAUCACGGGAAAUCCCUACUAUUAUCUGCAUCGCUCAGAUUUGGACGUAUUAUCCACCAACAUUCAGGAUAUGUUACAAGAAACUGGUCUACCAGUGAAUUUGAUUGAUAUGGGAAGUGGUAAUUCACAGAAGAGCAGGAUUGUAAUUAACGCAAUUUUGAAACAUCAAGACAAGCUUACAUAUAUACCAAUGGAUAUAUCGCCGGGUAUGUUUGAAUCAAUGUCGAUCGCGGGGAAGAAAAUGUACGUGUGGUUUGCAGCACUACAAAACCUACCUUACGACAGCCAGAUUGAACAACUAAGGUCCAUUGCAAAAACCUUGUCAGCGGACGACUGUUUGCUGGUGUCAUUUGAUACCACAUUGAACACGAACGAGGUUCAAAAGGCCUACUUGAAUCCGACCGGUAGCGGUCACGACUUAUAUUGGAACGCCCUCUGGCGUUUGAAUAACGACUACGGUGCCAACUUCGAUACAGAUAACUUCUAUUUGGAAGCUGAGUUCGUUUUAAGCGAAAAGGUCGACGUCUUGAGCGGCGUAAAACUGAAAGCUGUCUCGCGUCAAUGCCACAGUGUUGCGAUAGAAGGUUUAAGUAUCACGCUGACGAUCGCCAAAGGGGAGGAAAUAUACCUCCACGAGGGUGAAUACUCCAGCUGUAAAUACACGGAAGCUCAAAUACGCCAUAUCGCGCGUCAAAGUGGGUUAGAUGUAAAGAAAACUUGGACCGAUGUUAAUAAACAUAGCGCUCUGUGUUGUAUGAAACUAAACAGUGCUAUUUAAAUAACAUACAUGUAUAUCAAUUUUAUUGAUGUUUCCAUAAACUGUUUUGCCGUCGUAAAAAUUGCUUUUUUGUUAAACCUUUUGAAUAUAAAAUUCGUUCUUUCCCACUUGCAAAUGCACGUGUCAUUGUACCGAACUCAAUAUGAAACAUCAAUUCACCAGAAUUUCUAUUUACAUGUUCAGCGAUGAACUAAGAGUGUCGAUAUAUACACGCUUGUAACUCUGAAGAGAUUGUGUAUGUUUGUUUGUGCGAACUUAUAUUAGGUACUGGGGUAAGAAUCGGUUUUCCUCUUCUCCUUCUCUUGGGUUCAUUGAUCGAACUUGAGU